UAUCGUAAUUAUAGAGAAUCAUGAAGAUAUAAAACAUAAAUGUGAAUAUCAUUAUUGAGAUAUGUAUAUAUUUAGUUAAGGAAACUAGGUUUAAUGUUUAUAUUCUUAUCUUCCUAUAUAAGUUGUACAUGUAUAAGCUUUAUGAUCAUGAGAGUAAAUAUAAUUAUUCCCAUCUAUCUCUCAUCAUAUUAUUUACAUGGUAUCAGAGCCCGAUCCACGCAGUCCAACCCGAUCCACAUCGGUCUGGCCCAAAGUUGGCCCAUCGAUCUUUGCCCGAGCAUUCCGAGACUGACGCUCAAAGAGCCAUCAUCUCGAGGGGGCGUAUUAGACACAUAGUUGUCCCACAUCGGUAGUUGGAAGGGAUCCUUAGUAGUAUAUAAAGUGGAUGAGCCUCUCCACUAAUCACCAAUUGGUUUUAAGUGUGAAGCCCAUCUAGCUUUACAUGGUAUCAGAGCCACAAUGAUCUAACGAUCUGUUCCGUUCCUGUUUUUUAUUUUAUUUCCUUCAAGCCACAAAGCUUCUUUAUUUUUCGAUUUCAAGCCAUUGAGCUUCUUUUUACUAUAUUUUCUGUUAAGUUAUAUGCUUCCACCAUUCAUGUUCAUGUGAACCUCUGAAUCUAAGCCAUUGAGCUUCUUAUUAUUCAUGUCUCCAAAGACUUCGAUCUAUUUAUUCUUUCUGAAAAAAAAAACAUUUUCUUUGUUCUAUAUUUUUUAGGUAUUAAAAAAAACAUUAAAAAAAAAAGAAAAGUUUUGUUACCAUGCCAAAGCUUCCUACCAUCAUUCAAGCUCAUCAAACGAGCCUCUGAAUCUAUGAAUCUAUAAGCCUUCAAGCUUCUGUUUUGUUUCCUGUUUCCAAGCCAAGGUGCUUCCUCUCCAACCAUCUCACGUUGACGAGGCUUCCAAUGUCAAAAAAAAAAAAACCCAAAUCUUAUGUCCUCCAGUCUCUGGCUACCACAGUUACUGGAUCCGCUGCGUUCACAAACACAGAUCAUUGGAUCUCCGCCUCUCUCUAUCCCCAUCCUGAGAUCUCUUUGAUCGCCACCAACAAAAAAAAAGCAUCAAGCUCAUAGCCACCAUUGCGCUCUCCGUCAUGUCUUGAUCUAUUAUCGUUCAAUCUCAAGCCUAGCUUCAGUUGUCACUUUAUCACCGCCUUGAGUUUGAGGGGGCGUAUAGAGAAUCAUGAAGAUAUAAAACAUAAAUGUGAAUAUCAUUAUUGAGAUAUGUAUAUAUUUAGUUAAGGAAACUAGGUUUAAUGUUUAUAUUCUUAUCUUCCUAUAUAAGUUGUACAUGUAUAAGCUUUAUGAUCAUGAGAGUAAAUAUAAUUAUUUCCAUCUAUCUCUCAUCAUAUUAUUUACAGUAAUUAGGACAAAAUUUAAGGGUUUUUUUUGUUUUGUUUAGAUAUGAUACAAGUCUGUUCCUUGUUAUCUAUCAUAGACAGUUUUCGUGUUCUAUAAGUUUUGUGUAAUUGUGUUGGAAUUGUAAACCUUGUGCUGAAUUCUUCAGACGAUUCACUGAUACCAACAUACAAACUAGCCCUGCAAACUUUAAAGGGAAGAUAGAGAGUGACUCAGCCUGUGACAGAGUAGAGCUUGCAUUGUAAUCUCUAUCUCCUUCGUUUCUUUCAUUGUUGCUCACCCUUCUUAUUUGUUCCUUCUGACGUAUACAUCAAUCACGCAUUAGUUUUUCCUGAUUGCUUGCGUGUACGAUGCAAGCAUAAUAGCUGUCUGUGUUUGCAUGUCUAUGAUUGUAGCAGCGGCACCAUACGUGUUGAAAUACAACACAUCACUUUUUCGACAACAUCCUGGAAAUCUACAGAAGAUGUCAGAGAUUAUAUAUUCAUUUGAGAAGCAGUUUGUGAACAUGGAGGUCCAAGCUGAGUUCAUGGAGAACGCCAUGGCUGGUUCUACAUCAUUGUCCACUCCUGAAGGCGAAGUCAACAGCCUCAUGCAGCAGGUUGCAGAUGACUAUGGUCUUGAAAUCUAUGUUGGAUUACCUCAGCCUGCUGGUCAUGCCAUCCCUACUGCGACAGAGGAGAAAGUCGAUGAGGAUGAUUUGUCCAGGAGGCUUGCAGAGCUCAAGGCAGAGGAUGAAUUAGAGAACCAACAACCAUAUGCUUUGGACUAUCUGCCAUCUAGGACGAGGUCCUUGUGGGAACGUUACACCUAUUAUCUGCUAAUACUGGCGCAUUUGUGUAUGUUGCUCACUUUGAGAUAUGCUUUGUUUAUAACUACUUUAUAUAAAGACCUUGUGUGUUCAGCUUUUACCUUUGCAACAAUAUGA